UUACUUGAGGAUCCAUUCCUUGCGCUCGUCGGCCUUCUUCUUGCUGAAGGCCAUGUCGAUCGACUCCGAGUCCUGGCCUCCUGGCCAUCACACACACACGGAUGGAUUUGAUGUAUUGUGCUUGGUGCGCUUGGUGUGUAUAGGUGUGUGUACCGGCCCACGUGAAGGUGAGCUGGUGCUCGUCGAUCUGUUUGAAGUACUCCUCGAAGCCGCGGUCGGUCGAGGUGGCCAAACCCUACACACACACACACACACACACAUUUUCAUCAAUCAUAUCAUCUGCCUGUUUGUUGGUUACUUUGACAAUGGGUGUGACGAACUCCUAGAGGAAUCCCUUGUAUUGGAGCAGCUCCAGCCAGUAGUGACACACACACACUCACACACACACACAGAGAGAGAGAGAGAGGGGGACAACAAAUCCAGCUCUGGAUGGAUGGAUGGAUGCUGACCGGGCUUCGCUUCCAGCCGUCGACCAAACUGGCGAUGGAACGAACGGGCCGUGUCGUACCUGCACACACACGCAGCCAGGGUGGGGUGGGGGAGAGUGGGUGUGCCGGGUGUGUGGGGGGGGAGAGGGAGGGGGUUUACUUGGAGUGGAUGACGAGCUCUUUGUUGAUGAAGUCGGUGCACGUCAGCACAGACUUGGAGUGGUCCACAAAGGUGCCGUCCUGAGACCAACCACACACACACACACACACACAAAGAGAGAGAGAGAGAGAGGGAGAGGGAGAGAGAGAGGGGGACAACAAAUGCAGCUCUGGAUGGAUAAAUGGAUGGAUGAAUGGCUGCUGACCUCUUACUUGAGGAUCCAUUCCUUGCGCUCGUCGGCCUUCUUCUUGCUGAAGGCCAUGUCGAUCGACUCCGAGUCCUGGCCUCCUGGCCAUCACACACACACGGAUGGAUUUGAUGUAUUGUGCUUGGUGCGCUUGGUGUGUGUAGGUGUGUGUACCGGCCCACGUGAAGGUGAGCUGGUGCUCGUCGAUCUGUUUGAAGUACUCCUCGAAGCCGCGGUCGGUCGAGGUGGCCAAACCCUACACACACACACACACACAGAGAGAGAGAGAGAGAGUGUGCGUGUGUGGCUGGGUGGCUGUCGGUGGUCACUUACAGUGGCACGCACGUGCCUGUGCCUCUCUCCCCUAUAUGUCUUGCUGCUCCUCCCCUAUCCGUCUCGGUGCCCGCUCCCCUAUCUGUCGCGGUGCCCGCUCCCCUAUCCGUCUCGGUGCCCCCUCCCCUAUCUGUCGCGGUGCCCCCUCCCCUAUCUGUCGCGGUGCCCCCUCCCCUGUCUGUCGCGGUGCCCCCUCCCCUAUCUGUCGCGGUGCCCCUUCCGCUAUCUGUCGCGGUGCCCCCUCCGCUAUCUGUCGCGGUGCCCCCUCCCCUAUCUCUCUCCCCUGUCUCUCUCCCUCCGUCCCUCCUUGUCCGUCGCUCGCUCGCUCGCUCAUCUAGUUGAUCCGGCAGUGGCGAAAUGGGCGUGACCUGCGGGCCUUGACCUCCUCUUGGUGGGCUGCAAUCUCCGCCUCCCGCGCCCUCUGGCUGGCCGUCUUAUCCAGGAGGCGACUGCGGCCUCUUCCAAGGACCCCCACACGGGCAGGCCGCCUGCGGUCCUCGGUGGCCGCACCGUCACUCGCCCCCGCACCACCAGCAGCGGCACCUGUGGCGGCCCGUCUUCGGUCCUCAGUCUCGUGUGUUGGGUGCUGCUCGCCGGCCGCCGGGCAGCCACCAUCGCCCUCUUCUUCAACACCAUUAGCUACAACAAUCGGCACUGCCCCCUCCACAUGUACGUCGCCCUCCCCGACAGCGCCACCAUCAAGUCUCACCCCCGCACCACCAGCAGUGGCACCUGUGGUGGCCCGUGCUGCCCCCCCGCCGUUGUCGUCGUCUGUGUGGUGUUGGGUGCCCUGAUGGGCGGUGCCUGGCACGGCAGAAGGGCCAUCCUCGUGUGGGAUGAGGGCAGGCAGGGGCGGUGCCGGCUGGGGCGGCUGCGUCGCCUGCUGCUGCUGCAUGAUCUGCUGCUGCAUCUGAUCGAUCUGCUGCUGGAGCGCCUUCAGAGUUGCCUCCAUCGUCUGCGUCUGCUGCAUCGUCUGCUGCUGCCGCUGCAUCUGCUGCAUCUGCUGCAUCUGAUCGAUCUGCUGCUGGAGCGCCUGGAGAGUUGCCAGCAUCAUCUCCAUCUGCGGUGCUGGUGUGGGCUGCCAUGCGGUCUUGGAUGGCUGCAGUUGGGGGGCUGCUGGCUCCUUCGGUGGUGGUGGUGGUGGCUGCAGGUCGGCCUGGGCCCGGCCUUGGCGAUGCAGACGCCCUGGUUGGGCACUGGCGACUCGGCAGAAGGCGGGGGCACGGUAAAUGGCGCGUCUGGCGACGCGGCCGUCGAGGGUAGCGAUGGGGGUGUGGCGGGGCUGGCGAUCGUCUGCGUGGCGGCGAGAAGGUGGGCCUCAAUGGCCUUGAGGUUGGUGAUGAUGCCGGUCAACUCCGACACCACACCCGCCAGGCUGAUGCGCUCGGAGGGGAGGACCUUGAGGCAGUUGGCGGAUAGCAGCUCGUAUCUCGAGAUGGUCCCCCCCAGCCACUCGAGCCCCUUCUCAUGAGUGCGGUCGUGGAGGUGCCUGCUGCCCUCGUCCAUGACCGGAUGGCCUGGUGUUCCGUCCCGCUCCUCGGUGAUGGUCGCCAGAGUCUUGCCCCAGCUCAGUGCCGUGAGGAUCUCCUGGGAAUUGAGGAAGCUGUCCACCUGGGCGCGAAACGCCCGCCUGACGUCGUCGCUGGCCCCCUUUGCAGGCGGUUGCGGAAUUCCCUCAGCUCAGCCCUGCUGCACCACCAGCCAGUUCUCCCACUUCUCGCCCCUUAGGAUGUUGUGCAUCAGCACGCCAAGCUGGAAGACGGUUGUCCUGCUACCCAGACAAAUGCGCUCCGUCUGGCCGCUGCCCCCCACCAUGACACGGUCGCGCCUCAUGUCGUCCUCCAGGUCCCUCAUCAUCUCCUUGGCCGUCUUGCCGUGCAGCCUCCUGUCGCGGUAGCUGCCCAGCUGCGUGUCCAACCGGUUGGCGCACUCCUUACGCCGCGCUUCGUGCAACAGCUGCUCUGGCGCGCCCUGGAAGCCGGUGUAGUUGGGGUACUGCUUCUCCCGCACGAACGCCUCUCCGUGGGUGGCAACCAUGGCGGCUGGGCGGAAUCCGGCUGGUGGCCUGGGGACGCCUUGGCGAUGGCGUGUGUCGAGGCCGUUGGCGUGAUCGAUGAGGAUCACAAGGGGGCUGGAAUCGGUGGUGGGGUCGUCCUCAUCUCCAUCGCGAACGUAGGUGUUGUUGCCGCAGUGGUCGCCAUACACCAAGCCGAAGUCGAGCAUCGCCUGCUCGUAGGCCCUGGCGAGCUUGUAGAGCAGCUCGGUCACCUUAAGCAUCUUGCCGUUGAUCCCCUUGGCCUUCUCCAGGGUGGGCUGCGAUUCAGGAUGGGCGGCCGAAAUGGACGACAAGUUGAGCCCCUCUUGCCAUCUCGCCCGCCGUGGCCAUAUCAGGCCCGCCACGCUGACGUACGUGUUGUCGGUGAGAGGGUUGUUGAUGGGGGGCAUCGACACGUACACGCAUGGCUGCGGUUCUGCAGACGGGUUGGCGCGGCAUGAUGCCGUGGGUGUGCCGUCGAUGCGGCCGGCGUACUCGAAUUGGUCCAUGUCGACGAAUGGACCUCUCCUGCGGAUCUCCCGCUGCCGCCUUUGGAUCUUGGCCAUGACCUCAGCCUCCCUCUCCAUCAAGUUGCAGAGGUUCUCCUGCGUGAAGCGGUCCUUCUGCGAUAGGACGGAAGUCUUGAAGGCCGUCAGGCGCCCGUUGACGAUACCCGGCCUCACUGUGGCUGUCGAACCCACGCCAAGUCGGGGUCCGAGCUGCAGCUGGGUGCCGUCGGGCUGAGUGAGGAUGGGAGGGGACGGGAGGGCGGUCCCUCGUGAGGUGCUCGCCAU